AUUCCCAAAAACCCAACUCUCCUUUCCCUUCUUCUUCUUUUUCUUACCUCAUCCUCCUCACACAUGAGUGAAGGAAGAAGCGGCUCGUCAUCUUCAUCUUCGUCGUCGUCGUUGUUGUUUUCUUUGUUGGGUUUAAGGGAUGGAGAGCCAGAAUCUUUCGCCGCCGCACGUGGAUGCCUCUCGUCCGUCCUUGGGGUUCCCUCUCGGCACCGCGCUCCUCCUCAUCAUCAUCUUCAGCUUGAGCGGCGUCUUCUCCUGCUGCUACCACUGGGAUAAGCUCAGAUCACUCCGCAGGUCGUUCGCCGAAGACUCCAACCCCGAAGCCUCUGACGACAUCGAAGGCCAGCCUCCCUCCAAAUCUAAACCCGCUCAUCUGGACAUGAAGCAGACCCAAAAGCAAAGCGUGCCGGUGAUAAUGCCCGGAGAUCAGAUUCCGAAGUUUAUGGCAUUGCCAUGUCCAUGUGAGCCGCCGAGGGAGGAGAAGAUAGUUGUCAAAGUUCAAAAACCGCCCAAGCCACCUCGCUUUCCUGUACCUCUGUAUUGAGCAAUUUCACUGUGUACAUAGUAAAUUGAAGAACUGAAUUAUGAUCAAACACUCAGUCGGUGCAAUAAUUAUGGAUGCCAAAUUCAGACACCUGGAUUGCCAUUUGGAGUGACUUUGGACGGCCAGCUUUUAGAGAAGAGCAUCUGUGAGUGUUUGUUCUUAUUUGAUACCAAAUUAGGAUUUUGGAGGAUAGCAAAGUAUGGUUUUUACUUUUAGCUUGAACCAUACGAGUGAACUAUAUUUUUCCAGGAAAUGUACAGUAAUGAUUUGCUCUUUCCAAUUUAGGAAAAAACACAGAUUGCUACGGGAAAUGUACUCCAUGUAAUUUGUUGUGUUUACUCGUGGAGUUAUGGUGAAUGAUUUAGGGAUGAAUGAAGAAACCUCUGAAAGGUAUGAGAAUCAAGUACCUACCACAUCAUGUAAUCGAAUCUUUGACACAAUAAGAAAACUUAUCAGAUUC